UGCAACAAAAGCUGGUUGACUACUGUCAGCCAACAAAGAAAGAAGAACUUUCGUAGAUUCACAGUGGUUCGCUGGUCUGUCCUAUUUUUAAAAUUAAAUAAAAGAUUGAAGUAAUUGAGUCAUCUACGAAUAGAGAGCUGCAGUUCUGAACACCUUUGAGCAGCAGUAUGAUGCAGGCAGGAGUCUGUCUGAGACAGGACACUGAGACAACACUACCAGAGCUCACUGAGCAGCACAGGACCAGACAGAAUGAAGAGGAACUCAGUGAACUGGAGUCUGUCCACAUGGCAGAGUCAGAGACAGAGUGUGCUGCACCAGGACUCAACACACUGGAGCCAGAGUGUGUUACAGCACACAGCAGGGUCAGUGAUGUACAUCACACACACACAUCACUAAUUAAAACAGAAACUGAUCUGGGCUCCACCCACACUGGGGAUCUUAUUAAGACCGAGAGCCUCGACCGUACAGAGCUGGGAUAUGUAACCCAUCUGCUUCCUGACCAAAUCAAAACAGAGACUGAUGAUGGAGAAUACCUUCAUGCAGAACACAUCAGUGACUUGCACAUUAAAUGUGUUGAUAUGAAAUCUGAUCAAAUGAAGUGUGAAUCCAGUGAAAGUUUAAUGAGUGAUCUCAUUAAUCCUGUGAUGACAGGAGCUGGUUUUGACCAAAAAAAACAGUCUGAAUCGGGGCAAUGUGCAGGAGAGCCAAGCCCAAGCUGUAAAAAAGAGCAAAUUCAUGAUCUGCAAACCAAAUGUGGGGACUUAACUCAUGACUGUCAGGUAAACAAUGAAAAUAACCAGACCUGUACACAGUGUGAGAAAUGUUUUCAGAGAAAAUCUGAUUUAAACUCACACCUGAGAACUCACACUCGUGAAAAGCCCUACAAAUGUUCUGAUUGUGGGAAGUGCUUUUGCAAAAUGUCUCACUUAAGUAUCCACCAGAGAAUUCAUACGGGUGAAAAGCCCUACAAAUGUAUUCAGUGUGGGAAGUGUUUUUCCCAAACAUCUCAAUUAAGUAUCCACCUGAGAAUCCAUACAGGUGAAAAGCCCUACAAAUGUACCCAGUGUGGGAAGUGUUUUUCUCAGAUAUCUCAUUUAAAUUGCCACCAGAGAAUUCAUACAGGUGAAAAGCCCUAUGAGUGUACCCAGUGUGGAAAGUGCUUUUCCACAAUAUCUCAUUUAAAUUCCCACCAGAGAAUUCAUACAGGUGAAAAGCCCUACAACUGUAUUCAGUGUAGAAAGUGUUUUAGUACAAAUUCUGCCUUAAAAAUACACCUGAGAAUUCAUACAGGUGAAAUGCCAUGCAAGUGUACACAGUGUGGGAAGUGUUUUAGUUCAAAUUCUGCUUUAAAUCUACACUUAAGAAAACAUACAGGUGAAAAGCCAUACAAGUGUACACAGUGUGAGAAAUGUUUUAGUACAAAUUCUGCUUUAAAACUACACCUGAGAAUUCAUACAGGUGAAAAGCCCUACAAAUGCCCUCAGUGUGGCAAGUGUUUCUACCAAAUAUGUCAUUUAAGUUGCCACCAGAGAAUUCAUACAGGUGAAAAGCCUUAUAAGUGUACACAGUGUGGGAAGUGCUUUUCCAAAAUAUCUAAUUUAAACAGCCACCAGAUAAUUCAUACAGGUGAAAAGCCAUACCAGUGUACACAAUGUGGGAAGUGUUUUAGUACAAAUUCUACUUUAAAUAAACACCUUAGAAUUCAUACAGGUGAAAUGCCAUACAAAUGUACACGGUGUGACAAAUGUUUUAAGACAAAAUCAAAUUUGUAUUCUCACCUGAAAAUACAUACAGGUGAAAAGCCAUAUCAGUGCACCCAGUGUGAGAAGUGUUUUAGUUCAAAUUCUGCUUUAAAUCUCCACCUGAGAAUUCAUACAGGUGAAAAGCCCUACAAAUGCACUCAGUGCGGCAAGUGUUUCUCUCGAUCAGGUACAUUAAAUAAACACAAGAAGAGUCAUACAGGUGAAAAGUCUUACAUAUGUUCCCAGUGUGGGAAGUGCUUUUGGACCACUACUCAUUUAAAUCGCCACCAGAAAAUUCAUUCAGGUGAAACGUCCUAGAAGUGCACCCAGUGUAGGAACUGUCUUUUACAAGAUUGAAUCUAUAUUAACACCAUAAAAUUGAUAUAAGUGAAAAAUUUCCUUCUGAUGUACUUUAUAUUUUAGUGCAUCAUUUGUAUGAUGCACUGUGUGUGGGAAGGGUGGGGCCAAAACAGUAUUCAAGAACAAACUGAUAAUUUGUGUAAUUUGAUAAAUUCCCUUCAUAGUUUUAAGACAGCCCACCCUGUUGUGGUUUCCAAAUUCUUAUUUGGUGGGUGUUUAGUUUGAGCUGAAGGAGUGAAUGAAAGGUGGAAAGCCAAACAUUUUGCAGUGUUUAUUACAGCGCACUUUAUAGUUCUGAUAUACUUAUUGUAUUUUGGAUAGACAUAUGAAAAUACAGUCCAGUGACUGAAGCAAACUGGGAUACGAUUUUCUUUUUCUAACAAGUGUUCAGAACCGUUGUAUUUUUUUAAAUUUAGAAAACGUAAUUUUAAUUUAUUGUAAACGUACAAUGUGAUUCCUUGGAGAUGGAAGGUUGAUAUUCUGUGGGGAUGAAAUUGACGCCAGUGUAAUUUGUUUGAAAGCAACAAUGUGAGAACUGUUUUUAAUGUAGAAAGAAAUAUUGUAAUGUCUAUUUCAAAUGCAUUCUGAAAAUGUACUUGACAUUACUGGCCUUUUCAGUUGUUCUGUUGCCACUGUAGAGGCUGUAAUGUGUAUCUCAGCUAAACCUGAGCACUAUUCUACAGACUGUAUGUUUUAUCACAUGUGAGUUGAAGAACUUUGUUCCCCCUCUGUGUUUCAUCUUUAUUUUUCUAUGUUGUAAAUUAAUUUGUAUGAAAUCGUUUUACACUCUGAAUGCACAUACCAAGUUCUUUGCUAUGUAAAUUUCUCUAUGAACUGUACAAAUGUCAGUAUAAAAUGUCCUUCACUGUGUCAUUUCUUUCUCCUUCACUACCUGUUUUUAAAGGUAGUUUAAUUCCUGCUGCACAUAACUUGUAACACUUUGUGCAUUUGACUCAUAAGAGGUGUGUAAUUUGACUCAUACGAGGUGUGUAAUCUCUUAAUCAUUUUAAACAUUUAAAAUUUGUCUGUACAUAUAAAGAUUUUUAAUUUCACCUAUCUCAAAUUAAAAUAAAUAACGGUAUUGAUUAUGAAAAUAUGAUGUACUCCGGUAGUAAAACUGAAGAGUAACACUCAUCUGAUUAAAUUACUGCACAUUCUGAAAAAUCCA